AUGCAUCUCUCUGCCACAGCCACAGCCCUCCUCUGUGUUGCCAUCGCUGCCGCCUUAGGCUUCGGCAUCGUUUGCGCUUUGUUUGUCCUGAUGUACUUCGGCUGCCUCAAGAUGUCAAACGGCCGUGUGGCCAACGGCAACCGCCGCUGGCUGCGCGAGGGCGAUACCCCCGAGCGGCUGGACUCGUCCUCCAAUGGCGAGGCGGCCGCGGUAGAGAGUCAGCGGAAGGGCAUUCCGCUGAACUCGCGGCCGCCACGCCUGACGCCGGAGCAAGAGAUCCUGCGCGAGAAGGCAAUGGAGAAGUACAAGCGCCGUCAGGCCCGUCAGGAGCGCCGCAGUCAGCGCCAAGCUGCCCGCGAGGCACGCCUGGCAAAUGUGCGCGAGGGCGCUAGAGAAGGCACGGUGAGCGAGGACGAGUUUGCCGGCGACUCCUCUGACACCAGUCGAACGACGCUAACGUCUGUGGCGACGACGGUGAGGACGACGUCGACUGUCGCGUACGGGCGCAGCUCCUACCUCCGACCUCCCUCAGGUGAUUGCACGGUGCACAUAGACGAAUAUGAUGAUAACGACAGCCGGCACAGCUCGCACAGCGACGGUUCGCGGAGCAGCCGUGGCUCUGCGCACAGUCGCGCCAGCCAGGGCGUAGUCGCCACUAUCAAGUCACACUUGCGUCACCGCCAGCGCCAGCGCCUGCGUCGCCGCGAGGAGCAGCAGCAGCUGGAGCUGUUGGACCAGUGGGCAUAUGCGCAGAUGGUAUCCUCCUCGGAGCUGUCGUCCUCCUCAAAGGACGUCUCUGCGUCAUCGCAGCAUGACGUGGAGGGAAGCACGACUGGUGGAGACACCCGUCACCGCACCAGAACGGCCGGUGGCAGUCGCAGUUUCAAUCAUGUGCAUCCGAACCGCUCGGCCAGCGUGGCCAGCUCGGCACCUCGUCCGCUGGAGGAGGUGCUCGGUGCCGACUGCGCGUCGUACCCGUUCCUCAUGAACGUCGAACACGGCAAUCUGGAGGGUUUCAGUGUUGACAAUCAGCACCCAUCCCCUCACCAGGCUGCGCUCACUGCACACGCUAGUGGGCGCGACACGGCGUCCUUCGGUCCGUCUACAUACUCGAACGGUACGACAGAUGCACCUUCGCCGCACGUAGCGCCGGCGGAGCACGUCGAAUAUGCCGGCCGUGGUGGAUCCGGGGUGCCCACUGGCGAGCACGUCGACCGUCAGCAGCCACGCCGCCACAAGCGCACGUGGAAGGAUGUCGAGCACAACGCCGCACUUAGUGGUUUCUUUAGUACACCCACCAAUAACAACAUGGCCAGCCUAGACACCGCGUUUCGGUCUCACCACAACAACAGAGAGGCACCAGCCCCAUCCGUGAGUGCUCCUGGAGAACCGAUGCACACCUCCUUGGGCCUCCACGAGCCGAUUUCCCAUGAGUGA